UAAGGUUUCAUCAGAUGUAAAGAAAUCGUACACAUAUAUUUAUUACAACAAACAAUUGCGACCUGUAACUUGACAUGGAUCGAAAUAGUGAUUCUCCAGAGAUCACACAGGAACUGUUCUUGAGAAGAAGUCUUGACAGUAUAAAUAUACCCACUAAUAUGAGCAUUAGCUCUAGAAGAAUACCACCACAUGCUGAUACAUCAGCCUCAGUGAUAACGAACGGAAGUUUGGUAGUUCCAGAUGAACCGGUUCUCCCGUAUGAUCCCAACGAACCUGUACCUUCGUAUGAGUCGUCGCAGCUCAUGCAUCGUCAUAGCCCCAACGUGAGUAGACACAGUUCAGUCACCGAGGCACAAGGUGGUGCUACCACUAAUACCGCCAAUAUAUUCAACACUGAGGCCUUUUUCAGAACUUCAUCAGAAGCGUUUAAUAAUGCAUCAGCACGAGUACCACAUGCGAAAAAAUCCCUUAAACAAUUUGGACUCAAGUUCUUGAAUGCUCGGCAACAUUUUGCAUUGGCAUGUUGUAGAGAUCUUUCAUUGAUUCCAUGUCUUUAUGGACUUUUCCAAUCUUGGAGUAGAGUAUUUGUUGGUGAUAAUAAUGCCACAAGCCACAUAAUACGGGGUCAGGUGAUAGAAUCAUUUACAGUUGCAAGAACAUCAGAACACUUCUUAACAGGAGUAUGGUGUAUCGUUGCAGGUUAUCUUUCAUAUUCGGUUUUAGAUGGACUAAUGGUACGAUGGAUCGUAACCUAUCUGACAUCUGCAGCUAUUGUGCGUAUGCUCUCAAUGUCCACCAUCAUUGUUACAGUGGAGCAAUACCUUGUAGCCACCUUCUCGGCAAACGGUUACCGAUACGGGCUUCAUAUAUGGAUUCUUAUUAGUUGUUGUUUAACAAUAUGUUUCAUAAUUCAAAACUUUGUCACCCUGAAUUUGGAUCUUAAAGAUGGAAGACAACGAGCUCGAUUUUUCGAUUUUUAUAAAAUUGCCGUCUUCGCAGUUGUUCCUGUGGGUCUAGCCAGUUUCAUUACAAUGAUAGGAUUGUUACGAUCUCUUCUCAUUUUACGAUUAGACAUUGAUCAUAAUUUACUUUAAUAGUAAAGGAUACGGAGGAACCUAUAAAAG